AUGGCAAAGGGGACGCCCUCAUACACAGCAGCUCAGGCUAUCUUUCCUUGGGCCUUGCCCGGGCUUGAUGGACCCCAACUCUUGCCCGGGGUGGAUGUCACCGCUGGAGCUGAUUUUGGGAGACUAGAGGCCUUUUGCCUUGGGUGGGCUGUCCUCCUCGAAUCCAUUCAUCCAAAAAUUCCUCUCCGAACCCAAUAUCUUCCUUCCCGUUUAUGCCAAGAGACCAAGAAUCAAACGUGUGUUGCACUCUCCCUCAUUUGCCCUCAUCGAUACAGUACCGCGAUUGGGUACGCUCGAUCCAGAUCGAAAUUCGUAGUGGGUCCCUCGUUUCUUGUAUGGAGCUGCUACAUGCUGCCAAGCACUGUAGUGAACUUGGAAAUAACAUUUGAACCUCAUCAUGUGCUUGUAGUUCAGUAA